CAAUGCCCAAACGUUCACCAUGAGCGACUCGGACAGCGGAAGCAGCAGCGGCGACGAGCAGGCUUUCUUCAAGCAGCCCGCCCCUGCGGCCUCCAAGAACAACAAGACACACACCUCGAAGGGAAAAGUUUCCGCAAACUCGGACGACGAAUCAAGCUCUGACGAGGAAGAAGCAGACGAGACAGCCGUGGACACUGCCCAACUCGAACAAGAUGCCACCGACAAGACCCGUGCUACUGUGUACGUGGAGGGCAUCUCGUAUGACGCCGACGAAAGCGCCAUCGUAUCUCAUUUCGCCGAGUGCGGCGCAGUUAAGGAGGUCCGACUGCCACGGUAUCAGGACUCUGGCAAACCUCGAGGAUAUGCACACGUCGUGUUCGACACGGACAAGGCGGCUGCCAAGGCGCUGGCGCUCGAUGGCAAGUACAUGAUGAAGCGAUACUUGACCGUCAAACCGGCAGAAAUCCCCCGCGGCAUCGAACAAGCCGUGCAAAACCGCAAGCACAUCAAGGCCACCAAAGGCUGCCGCACCGUGUACAUUAAGCAGCUUCCGUACGACAUUGACGAAGAGACCGUGAAGUCCGCGUUGGAGUCGUGCGGCGCCAUAGCCAGUGUUCGCCUUCCGAUGUGGGGCCAUACGAAGAAGCUCAAAGGAUUCGGAUACGUUGAGUUUUCAGAUGAAGCAUCCGCGGCCAAGGCCGCCAAGCGGAGCGGGAUGAAGAUUGGGAAUCGCAUGGUCCUCAUCGACUUGGACACGGGCGCCCCCAAAGCAAGCUUCCGACAGACGAACGGCCAGUACUGGAGCAAGGGCGAAGAAGGCAAAGCAAGUUUAGCCAAGCGAAUGAGCGACAAAGGCAGAAACAAGCGGCCGAAACCAAGCGGCGCUAGCGCCGCCGCCUCGAAAAAGGUCAAGCGCCCCACAAUCUAACAUGUCCAACACGUACACGUCGCUCAUGUCUUUGCGAAA